CGCGUUUUUCUUCUGAUACUAAACCAUGAAUCCUUCUCACUUUGUGCCUUCACUUCUGGUUCUGCUGGUUCUGCUAGCUGCUUCAUCUUCCAGUGAUGGUGCAAUUACGUGUGACCAAGCAGUAGGGUACUUGAAGCCAUGCAACGAGUACUUGACCGGCCCGACUGGGGCGAAGCCGCCGCCGGCGUGUUGUGACGGAGCCAAAGCUUUGGUUGCUGCAGCUUCUACGCCGGAAGAUAGGAAGGCUGCUUGUGAAUGCGCUAAAGCUGCUGCUAAAACCAUCAACGUCAAUCUUCAAAAUGCUCAUGAUCUUCCUGAUAACUGUGGCAUUUCCUUGCCGUUCGAGAUUUCUCCUGACUUGGACUGCAACAAGAUUGGAUAUGGCACAAUUGUGGAGGGCAAUAUGAAGUAGCUGAGAAUUGGAACUCACAUAUAUGUUUUAAUAUGCAGAUACCUAUAUGUAGAGGAAUAACUUAUAUUAAUGAAACAUGGA